AUGGCAAACAAAGGCUUACAGCCAGUGAACUUAUUCUUGGCGAUCUUUCCAAGCGUUUGCUGUGUCGUGAUAGUGUCCGUACGUGUUGUACUCAGGCUUAAAGGAGGCAGGUUGGGUGUUGAAGAUUUACUUUUGAUCAUUGCGACUUUUUUGAACCUCGUUCUCUCUUUCACAACGUGUGGUUAUAUUCUCACCAGCUACUAUGGCUACCAUACUCGCGAUAUCCCUGAUGGUGCAAUCGAUCCGAUCGUGAUGAUGAAGUGGAACUAUGCGAACUCGAUCAUCUACAAUCCCAUCCUCGCCUUGGUUGAGGCCUCCUUCUUGAUGACACUCAUCAAGCUCCGAUCGCAGAACAAGUGGAUAAACGUUUGUCUAUGGGGAACACUUAUCAUAAACGGCUGUUUCGCCGUUGCUGCACCUCUCGCCUGCAUUCUGCAAUGCAAUCCAAUAUCUAAGUACUGGAAUCCCGGUAUUCAAGGACGGUGCGUUGAUGCUGGCGCCUACACUGUCAGCACGUCGUUAAUUGUGCUCACGACUGAUGUCCUAAUCCUGCUCAUGCCUUCAUGGAUAUUACACGAUUUGAAAAUGCCUCUUGGUCGUAAGCUCAUGGUCAUUGCAUUUCUGUCCUUCGGAAUUCUAGUCACUGUGGUCGGCGCGGUGCGCACGAGUGUCCUUGUCAAAGUUUUUGUACUGAAAGAGGCCACGGAAGAUGGGUCAUACGGAGUUGGCUACACCCUCUCAAACAUCGAAUCUGGACUCGCAAUUGUCGGGACAUGUGGCCCAACAAUUAAGUACUUUCUCAGUUGCUGCAUCCCUUCGCUUAGGAAUGCAGAUGAAUCAAGCAAUCGCGGGUACAUGUACCCCACAGCCGGCUCUCAGGGGGAUGCUCGGUCGAAACGCUUCACGAGAACUGCGAAGACGCACAGCACGUUCAAGGAGAUUGAUGAAUUGGAGCUGACAAAUGUACCGGGCGAAGACAAGCACAUUACGAGAAGGGACACACAACGUGGGGAUCCAAUGAUGAUCACAAAGACAGUUGCGUGGACAGUGGACAACAGCCACGAGAAGGAUUCGAACAGUACGAAUGGCGAACAAAGACCUCGCGAUCUGCUAUAA